AAGGUGGCAAAACUGAAAAAGUAUUUAAACCAACGACUUCGACUUCAACAUCAACCAGUUCAGUCUUUAGGUUUCCUCGGCGUUCUUCGUCCGGCAUUUGCUCGUCCGGAUUCUACGUGAGAAACUGUACCCUUAUCAAGGUAAACAGUGUCAUUCAAGAAUGACUUGCAUCAAUUUGGCAACACUCGUUUGCCUUUUCGUCUGUCUCAUCCAAUUAGCAGACAGCAAUCCGUACAACAAUCAACGGUAUUCCGGCCAUGCGUUCUCGUCCAGAUCGGGUCCUCAUGGAAACGGGAUCGCAUACAGUGGAUCUAGUUAUCACUCACUUGGCAUCCAGGCAACAGCUCAACAACAACCUCAACAAGGUCGUGCUAAUAACGAACAGUACUGGUGGCAAGGAUCUCAGUCACCCUUUAGCGAAAGUGCAGCACAAAACAGAGGUGUUUCUUCGGGAGCUCGAGCUAUUGAUACAUCACGAGCUCACGCCCGUCCCUUAGUUCCUGGUUGUGGUGGAGGAAAGUGUUUUGGAGCUGCUGCCCACUCCGUAGCAGCAUCUAGCUAUAGCAACAGUAAUGGACAGCAAAACCUCGUCAGCCAGCAGUAUCUCCCUCCACCUGCUGUGUCAUCCUCUCAUUCUGCACAGGCUUCUCAUCAGUCCCAGAAUUUUGGUGGGGCCGCAUCUCAAGGUCAGCCUUCUAACGUUUCGCCCUUCCCCGGAUGUGCGGCUGCAAUGAAAUGCGUCACCGAAGAAUUUUGCAGUGUUGACGGUGUUAUGGUUAACACACCCGUAAGGCUAUCCCCUUACGAAAAGGAACACCUCAGGGUCCCAUUGAUGGAGUGUAUGAACCCCGAGACCAACCAGGAAGGUUUCUGUUGCCGCGACCCAUUGUACGAGGAUCCCUGGCCCGCUGAUAUGCCCAUGCCCGGUAUGAACAAGUUGCCGACCCAACCAGGUGGUGGUGCAUUAAAUCGACCUGUUGUCUCGGCAUCCGUUGCUGCUGUGUCAUCCAAUAACGGCAUUCAAUCAGUUUCGUCCUUUAACCACGGCCAGUCAAAUGGCAUUCGACCCACCGUUACAGCCACAGCUGCAGUUUCUACAGGUAGCAAUGGAAGACCAGUGUCAAGUGUAGGUGCUGCUGUUUCUUCAUUCAAUCAAGCUUCACCCGCUCAGCAUGGACAGGCAUCUCAACAUUACGGCCCUCCUUCAGGGACCCCAUCACAACGACCUUUUAACCAGCAACCCACUGGCCAAGCUCAACGACCUGCCACUGCAUACCAACCGCCCACACCGACUUACCAGGCUUCUCAGAGCCAGCAGCAAACAAAUACUCUCCAAGGUCCACCGGCCCCUCCUUUUGCUGGAUGCGCAGCUGCUAUGAAAUGCGUGACCGAGGAAUACUGCAGUGUCGAUGGUGUUAUGGUCAACACACCUGUGAGGUUAUCUCCCUACGAAAAGGAAUAUCUACGCGUUCCGCUAAUGGAAUGUACGAAUCCAGAAACUAAUCAAGUGGGAUUCUGCUGUCGGGAUCCGUUGUACGAAGAUCCUUGGCCCGCUGGUAUGCCCAUGCCAGGUAUGAACAAGGCACCCACUCAGCCAGGUGGUGCUUCAUUAAAUCGACCUGUAGUCGCUGCAUCUGUUGCUGCCGUCUCAUCCAAUAAUGGCAGACCUUCAGUUUCGUCCUUUAACAACGGCCAGUCAAAUGUCAACCGACCAACCGUCACAGCCACAGCUGUUGUGUCAUCCAGUAGCAAUGGAAGGCCCGUAGUAGCUCAAGGUGCUGCGGUUUCAUUCAAUCAACAAGGACAGCAGACCAACCAAUAUUUUAUUCCCACUUCGCCGGGCCCUACACCAAGACCCGUCAGCCCCCAAGUGGCUGCUGCAUCCUAUCAACCACCAUCGCAGUCCUAUUUGCCACCCCCUGCCCAGAAACCCGCCACGCCCCCACACACGGCUUCUGGUUUCAAACCUGCCCGACCUGCAUAUCAACAGCCAGCACCUUCUUCACACCGACCUACAUACCAAGCUUCUCAGAGUCAGACAAAUACUGCUUCUACCCUCCAAGGCCCACCUGGUAGUUCCUUUCCUGGAUGCGCUGCUGCAAUGAAAUGCGUGGCUGAAGAUUUAUGCAGUGUCGAUGGUGUUAUGGUUAACACACCAGUAAGGUUGUCUCCGUACGAGAAAGAAUACCUCCGUGUUCCAUUGAUGGCUUGCCUGAAUAAAGACACGAACCAAGAAGGAUUUUGCUGCAGAGAUCCAUUGUACAAUGACCCAUGGCCAGCUGGUAUGCCCAUGCCGUAAAAAUAACAUUGUCGCGAAUUUGAAAUCGGACCAAGCAACGAGUGGUAACACCUAGCCCAACGAAGCCAAUUUUUGACUAACCAUUUUCUAACGCGUUCAAUUACCGUAGUGCUUCUGUCACGUGACGAAUUAUACACGAUUGGUUUUCUUCCAA